AUGGCAGGUUGGCUGACUAGUGUGAGCAAUAGGUCAGAUAAGAAGGGUUGGCUAUUGUCAGAGAGAAUAAUUCUUGGUAGCCCAUGUUCAGUGAACACUUUGAAGCAGAUUGCAGCCAUAACGGUGAACUUGUUGAAGCUUGUCAAAGAUACUAAGAUGUCGUACUGUGAGAAUAAAUAUUGUAUUGCUAAGAUAUACCUAUGCUGUGUCUUUGUAGUAGAAGGACCCAAUGAGUCAGCCGCCCAUGAAGAUCAGAGGUUUUCAACAGGUAUUGGAAGGCUUGGUGAUCAGUCACUACAGUGA